CAGCGGCCGACGUAGCACACUUCGCGUAGCACGAAUGUACGCGGUCUCCGCUUUCAUUGACGUAGCGAAUAGCUCGGAAUUGUUUUAUAAAAUACUAACAAUUUAUAGAGAUUUUUUAAACACAAUAUUUUAACAUAAUAUAUGAGAGACUUUAAAAAAAUAUUAAUUACGGCGGUGGAAACAAAUUGGCACGCAACUUCAUUGGUGUUAUAAAAACACAAACAAUUAGACAGUGUUUUGAAAAAGGAUAUAAUGGAUAGUGAACUGAUUUAAACUGUGACUUAAUUAAGUGUUAUUUAUAGUUUUAUUAUGUAGCUGUAAAAAGUGAAGACAAAAUGAAGAUCUUUACCUUAGUAGCCGUUUGCGCGUUGACCUCGGCGUACAAGAUAACUCAACUCAAAGUGCCGCUCUACGCAGACCCACGUCGCGCGGCUGAGCUUAGCUGUCACUUUCAAAUGGAUGACCAGAAGUUGCACUCUGUCAAAUGGUACCGAGACAUGCACGAGAUCUUCCGAUAUAAUCCCUCACAAAAGCCUCCGAUCCGCCUGUUCAACGUGACCGGUAUCAUGGUUCAAGGCGGGGAGUGCCAGGCGGAGUGGUGUAUGGUGAGGGUGAUGCCGCCGCCUGUCGCUGCAAGAGCCGCUUACAGCUGCGAAAUAUCCACUGAGGGACCCAAGUUCCAGAUAGCGCGGCAGACUAAGCAUAUGACUGUUGUCGCGAUGCCAGAGAGAGAUCCUGUUAUUAUUGGAGCUCCGAAAUUAGUGAAGCCUGGAGAACAAAUACUGCUUAAUUGCACGUCGGAUUACUCGCUGCCACCUGCCGAUAUCAAUUGGUAUAUUGAUAACGACCUCCAGAAGCAAGAGCCGUGGCACCGCACUGAGUUGACCGCACCUCAGGAAGGAGGCCUACGUGCGUCUUGGCGUGUUCUGCGCGUCCCGGUUCCUCCAGCGGAAAGCGGGGCGUUAAGCGUGCGAUGCGAAGCCAACCUGCCCGUGGAACCGCCGGUCAUUCGCGAUGCGGGUGCUGUCCUGACGCUCUACUCUCGUACACAACUCUCGAAAUACGUCUCCAGUUCAGGUACAAGCUUGGGAUUUCAACUUAGUUUUUUAUCGUAUUUGUAUUAUGUAUUGGAGAUAAGUUUAUGAGGCUCACAAUGAACAGAACAUAUAGUGUAACUUUGGCCUAAUUUUCCAGACAAAAGAGCGACUUCACCAUUUUUGUAUUAAAUAUGGUUUUCAAAAUAAAAAAUAUGAAUAACACCAGCCAAUAUUAACCUUCCGGUGCCAAAAGAGAACAUAAAAUACACCUCUAGUGCUCAAAUAUUCAAAAGCCACUCAAAUAUUAACAACGACAGUAAGGUAUCUGAGCCAAGCCUAUAUUUGAUUGACUUUUGUGCAUUUGGACUUUAGAUACGUAAUAUAAGGUUAUAUAUAAGGGUAUCACUAUGUGUAGUAUAAUAAAAUUGUACAGUAAUAUUAUGUUGUGACUUAGACAAAAUUUAUUUUUUGUAUAUGGAGCUGGAGCGGUUUAUUUGGUAUCUUCAGUGCACCACUGAGUUGUCAUAAGUAUUGAUGUUUCUAUUUAUAAUAAUUAAAUAAAAGGCAUUUUCUCUUAUCCUAUUGAAAAUUAUCUUUUUUAUAUAUGAAGUUUUCAAUACGUAAACUGCAAGAAAAAACACGCUGCUUGUAUCAUAUCAUAUCUUAUAAUAAAACCUCGUUGCUUUUACUUCGAAAAGUAUCUUAUUAAUACUGAGUAGUUGGCGUAACCCACGGAAUUGAAUUAUAUAACUGCAUUCACAAAUUAAUGUCAACAACGUCAGCUUUAGCACUCUUCAUUUAUUUUAAAGAAUAUUUCGCAAAUAAGCCCCUCCCUCAUAGAAUAGCCAAUAUGUACUAGCUUAAGAUUUUUAAUUACAAAUUUAGAUUUAUCUUUUUACUUUUACACCUCUAAUAUACUUUAGUUAACUGUUUUUUGUUUGUUUAUUAUGUUUUUACUUUAAUGAUAAUUUUCGGAGUUUUUCUAUAUCAUAAAUUAGUAUUACAAUUAAAUUUAAUCUAUGGCUGUGUUUCACAUAAGGUAAUGUCAAUUCUCUGCACGAAAUUGUUUGCAACAUUGUUCUCUAUAAAAAAUGUAAAAUUUUGUUAAAUUAAUUUGAAUAAAAGGUAAAUAAAUAUAAUAUAAAAUUG